CUCGCAACUCCAAAUUAGCCAGAUGUAUGGCGUCACAAGGUACACCACAUAAAGUACUGUGCGAGGACCCGACCGGACAAACGGUGCCCGUUGCGACGAAACGUCAUAGUUGAAACGGCCGCAUAUUAUUCUCACACUUACCCGGAGAGCUAAGCUCAACAACGUCUGUCGUUGUGGCUUUUUUACACUUUCCGCCGUUCCCUCACCUUGUCUUACCUUGCCUUACUUUAUCUGCUUAAGUCCCUAGUCUCUCGUCACGAUUCCCAAUCCCAAUCCCAACAUUUUUUCGUGCGGUCUAUUUCACUUAGCCACCUACCUCUAAACAUUUGAUUCAGCCGCACACCUACCUACCCACCUACCUAAUCACCACAACAACAAUGGCAUUCCGCGCCCUCCGCACCUCCCUCCCCCUCGCCUCCGCCACCAGCCGUCGCCAGUUCCACGGCACGGCGCGCGCGUUCGUCCGCGCCGGCGACGCGGUGCCUGAUCUCGAGGUGCUGCACGAGGAUUCCCCCGGGAACAAAGUGAACCUCGCGACCGAGUUCGCGAAGGGGAAUGGGGUGAUUGUCGGCGUGCCGGCUGCGUUUUCGGGUGCUUGUAGCCAGACCCAUGUCCCGGGGUAUAUGAAACAUCCGGCGCUGAAGAAGGCUGGGAGUGUUUUUGUUGUUAGUGUUAAUGAUGCUUUUGUCAUGAAGGCGUGGGCCGACCAACUUGACCCUACGCGCGAGUCUGGGAUUCGCUUCCUAGCCGAUCCCGCUGGUGAAUUCACCAAGGCGCUAGACCUGGACUUUGACCUGCCGGCCGUGUUCGGCAACACUCGGGGCAAGCGCUACGCUCUUGUCAUCGAGAACGGCAAGGUUAAGUCUGUGCAUGUCGAGCCCGACAACACCGGAACUAACGUUUCUCUUGCCGAGAAGGUUUUGGGUUAGAGCUGUAGCGGUUCUGUAGUAUGAUAUGAAUGGUGUAAAAGGCGGAAAAGGAGGUUAGGUAGCAGAGAGAGGGAUAUGAGAGAUGAAGUAAUGUCUGUAUAUACGUGGAUAUGCCUUGCGAUGACAUUUCUAGUUCUCGAAUGCUGUUUUUGUGGUGAACAGUUGGACUGUUAUCCCUAUAAAACUCCCUGAGUUCGUGAUGCGAAAAAGUGGAUCACUCACGAUAGGGAUAUAUAAUUGUGGUAGCAAGUCGGGAUUUCCACCGGCGACGUUACCCCCAUCACUGUUGUGCAGUCACAGCUCACUCAAUCUCAUAAUAAAAGCACGAGCGUAGCAAA